AUGGAGAAAUUAAAGAAGCUUUUUUCUGGCGAAAGUAGCGAAGAAGAGGAAACCAAAAAAUAUGUGGAGCAGCUUCGAGAGCUUUUAACACACGACUGUAACAGAGGCAAGAAGGAAGGAUGUCAUGAACUUGGUGAAUUUUAUCAAGUUGUUGAACAAAAUGUAGAAGAAGCAAAGAAUAUAUUUAAGACCAAUUGCGAGGAAAGAAAUCAUGCUCACAGCUGUUUUUCUUUAGGAUAUUUGUUUUUUACUGCAAAAGAAAAAGACAUUGUUAAAGCUUUGAAAUACUUUGAGCGUGGUUGCAAUGGUGACUCUAUUGGGUCAUGCAAUAAUGCUGGAAUGAUUUACCAAAGUGGCCAUGAAAAGUCAAACAUUAAAAUGGACAUGGACAAAGCUAUAGGCAAUUUUGAUAAAGCUUGCACUGGAGGCCAUAGACUUGGCUGCUUCAAUCUGAGCUGUAUUUACCUUACAGGAAAAAAUGGUGCAAAAAAGGACCUGCCAAGAGCUUUUGAACUGUCACUUAAAGCUUGUGAAUUAGGCCAUCCUUGGGCUUGUGCAAAUGUUAGUAGGAUGUAUAAAAUGGGGGAUGGUGUGGAGAAAGAUUUAGAGAAGUCUUCUGAAUUUAGGAAAAGAGCACAAGAAUUAAAAGAUAAUAGCAGAGCAUAG